AUGGAUUCAAAAGAAUUACCAAAAAUUCAAAAAAAAGAUUUGAUUGAACAAUAUAAAGUUUUUAGAAAAGAAAUACAAGGACUAUCAGGUUCAACAAAGUAUUUUCAACCAACUGCUCAUUUCUUGGGCCCAAAGGCAGAGAAUGCACAAUUAUUUAAAGAAUUGGUCAAUAUUGCUUUAGAAACCCACUUUUCUUCAAGAAAAUACAAUUGUAGAGAUGUAUCUGUUUAUAAAGAAGGAUUUAAAGAUACACCAGAGUUUAUUGAGACUGCCGAACAAAUGAGGCAAAAAACAACACAACUAUCAAAAUUGUUGACACGAUCAAUACCAUUUACUUCAUUGCGUUAUAUGGCACACAUGCAUGCAGAUUUAACAAUGGCAUCGGUGGUUGGUUAUAUUGCUGGGAUGUUAUACAACCAAAAUAAUGUUACAUCACAAGCCAGUCCGGUUACAACUUGGCUCGAAAUGGCGGUAAUCAACGAUUUGUGCCGAAUGAUUGGAUUUCAGUUUCCAUCCGAAUCACAUAACCUCCUCCAUCUACAGGACCACAUAUCCCCUAGUGGUCAUUUGACAAGCGGAGGAACAGUGGCAAACGAUGAAGCAAUGUGGAGCGCAUCAUGUACCAAAUUUAUUCCAUUGGCUUUGGCAGAGGCUAUUAGAAAUGAACCUCUCUUGGCUCCUGCAUCGUCGUUUUCCGUUCAACUUUGCAAUGGACAGUCCAAACAGCUUACCCUCCUCGAUUCUUGGGAAGCACUAAAUAUAUCUGUCGAUGUUGCUGUGGGUCUUCCACACCGAGUGGCUUCUAUUUGUGGUAUUGGAGCAUGUCAAGUUAUUUACCUUGUCAAACAAUAUCACCUAUCAACUCUUGGUAUCCUUUCGUUUUUCCAACACCACAAGAUCAAUGAACCUCUCUUUAUUGCAUCGGGUCCCAGCCAUUAUUCUAUACCAAAGGCAUCGAACCUCCUUGGCUUUGGAACCAAGAGUACCAAAAAGGUUCCAGUCGACGAAAAGGGACACAUGGACCUUGUCCUUUUCAGAGAAGAAUUGCGACAGUGUCUUGUCAAUCACACGCCAGUCAUUGCAGUCAUUGCAAUACUCGGCACUACAGAAGAGAGCAGUGUGGAUGAUAUAGAUGGUAUCCUAGGAAUUCGAGAGGAAUUUAGGCAAAGGGGACUGGAUUUCACUAUUCAUGUAGACGCAGCACUCGGAGGUUAUCUAUUGUCGUGUAUACGAAGUGACUAUAUCAUUGAGCAAGAUACAUUUGAAGAUGUUUUUUGUCCAUCUGCCACUGUGAUGAUCCCAAACUCACCACACAACAACAUGGAUAAAGAUGACCCAGAAAUAUAUUGCAGUUUGUAUCUAAGAAAACAACUUUAUGCUUGUUCUCGAGUAGAUACUAUAACAAUUGAUCCUCACAAAGGUGGUUACGUACCCUAUUCGGCUGGUGCAAUCUGCUAUCGCAACUCUCGACAAAGAGAUACACUUGUUCACAGUGCCGUCUACAUUGGUAGUUCUAAAGUGACAAGUGUCGGUAUCUAUGGUAUCGAGGGAAGCAAACCAGGUGCAGCCGCCUCUGCAGUGUACCUUAGCCACUCUCUUAUUCGUACAUCAAAAUCUGGAUACGGUAUGAUUCAUAAAAAGUGCCUAUUGCUUACCAGACUCUUUUAUCUUUCUCUGCUCUGGAUGGCCGACGAGACCAAUAACUUUGUCGUUCACUGCAUAACAAAUCCACCAAGUUUAGCCGAAUUGAAAUAUUUAAAAGCAAAGAUCACCCAAGACGAUGGAAACUUGAAGCCAUAUCAAGAUAUUGCCAGCGACGACAAGGAUCUGAUUCAACGAUUGGCAGAGGUUGGACCAGACCAAAAUAUCGUUUGCUACUCGUUCAACUUUAAAACUCUAGAUGGCAUUCAAAAUACCGACUACCAACAGUUUUGUCAGUUUAAUGAUCGAAUUUAUUCAAGAUUCAGUUCAAUUCCUCAAGAUUUGGACUCUAACAAGUAUGACCUCAUCCUAUCAAAUACCUCUAUUAGUUCGACACAUGGUACAACUUUUAUAAAUGCCUUUAUCCAACGUGUUGGUCUUGUCAAUGUGCCACAAUCAUUUGUUUCAAUACCUGUUUUGCGUUCAACCAUAAUGGAGGUAUUUAUUGAUGUUGCCCUGGCAGAUAUUAUAAACACUCUCAAGGUUGAAAUAACCAACAUAGCAAAGGAAUUUCAAACACAACCAUUGUGUAAUAAUAAAGACUGA